AGUGCGUACUCUCGCUAUAACCGUGUGAAUUUAUUAUCAUCGUACUGACUUUAUUAACGCUUCUCUGUUCAACUGCUGCAGAUCCCAACUGUGUUGGUCCAGUACAGAAAUCAGCACUAAAGCCAAUUAAACGUGUUGUUCCGCUUGUCGAGGGAUUUUGAUGAGGGUGCUGUCUUGGAUGCGUGGAUAUUACUUGUAAGCGAUACACGCCUUCCCUUUAAUGGCAAAUCUACCGAAGAUUCUCAAGGAUUGGCUGUAUUUCUCGGUAUAUUACGAUAAAUUCGUGGUGGAUGUUGUUACCAGUGAUGGUAUACAUCGAGGAUACGUGACGGAUGUUAUGGACCAGGGGCUUCUGAUCGACUUUCAUCACACUGAACAGUCGGUUCAGUGUGUAGAUUUCGCGGACAUCCGCGUGCUACCGAUAAAGAAGCAUGCCGGGGAACGCUACUGCCGCUGGACACACCGGGAAAACGUGGAGGUGGAAGUUCUAAUCAGGACGGCAAUAAAUCAGCCUCUAACCUGGACCAGUGCCAGAUUUCUGGUAUUUGUACCGCAGUAUGGUGAUAAAUGUCGGAAUCCUAACGAGGAGGUUUGUGCACUAGCACGCGUCCCGUCGGCCAUCGCUGCCCAACUGGUGGCGGUGAAGAUGGAUUAUUAUCCAGAUUACGCUUGUCAAAUACGGAUUCGCCAACAGCGCCACUGGACGUCGGCGACCAAGGAUACAUUUUUCAAACUGACACUGCGUCAUGCAGCGUGCAGUAAAAAAAAGUGUCCGUUUCCGGUGACACCGUUAUCAUAUUGGCUAAAUCAACUGGACGUCGGAUUGAAGUUGUGCUGGCUGCGCUACACCGGUACCUUACUACUAGCUUCUAACGCUGAUGGCAUCACGGUGUUGUGUCGCCAACAUGUCAGAAGUGCACCUAGAAAAUUCCAUCGUCUGGUUUUUCAUACAUUCACAUUAUUCCUGAACACCUGUUUCAGAAGCGAUAUGACACGCUACAGAAGAGUUCUCUUCGCCCAAUCAGGUACUUUUCAUGACAUUGCUGAAACUUCGUGGUUCAUGAAAACGUGGCGCAGAAUGGAUUUCUUCCCUCGAUGGCUACAGUCUCAGAAAACGUUAGGACUUCAGCAAUACGACAAAGACGAUGCCAUAUUCAAUGAAUACCCGGAUGACGUCCUUUUUCAGAUUAUGGCAAACCUGGAUCUUGUUACCCAGAGAACGUUACGGCGAACAUGCUCGAGAUGGGAUGUCGUUCUGUCGUCACCAUCACUGUGUUGCCACGCUGUUGCCGGUGCUCCAUUGGUAUACAUCCAAGACAACAAUCAGGCGUUGUACUUGGCUAAUACACUUUUUCGCUACACCGCGCCCACAACACGUGCUGUACUGCUCGACCAAUUCUCCCAUAGUCACAGCGGCACGAUUCUCCCGGUUCUUUGCCUCCUCGAUCGAUCUCCCGACUACUACCUCUCCUACCGGCGUUCGAGCAUUUGCCUGUGGUACGAACUGGAAUAUUAUCCCCCUGUCAGCAACAUGCAGAUAUACUGUACUAUGAUUAUGAAUGACGGCACCCGAAAAACACUAGAAAUACUGCUGGGUACGAAGGAGGAAUGCCGGAAGCUGGUAUUUUCCAGUACAAACUGGACAUACUGCUGUUCGAACAGGACCAUGGCCGAGAUGACUGAAGGAAUUCCGCUACUGCUGGAUGUCUACAACCAGAUGUGCUAUCUCCGUACGAAAGUAGCGUCGGGUGAUUAUGACACCGAGCUUCUCCAAGCUGAGUCGCUCGAGACGGAACAGAGUGUGGAGCAAGCGAUAAAAGUAUGGCCCAUCAGCGAAGCGGCUAGCUCAGUGCUGACAAAAGCCUUCGACACCUUCUUGUACACAAAACAUGAUCGUUCUUUUCGCGUUCUACAAGGAUCUCCCCCAACCAAGCAAGCGUAUCGCUCUUGGACGAUGUUCAGUCCAGAGAGUCUAAAAGUACUUAUUCGCAACCCUUGUACCGCGCAGCUUGAUUCUGGCCAAGCCGGCUUUGUGGAAAGCUGGCUGCGGCUUUGUUGAUACGAUCCCGCAUGAGGAAAAUCCCUUAAAAAUCCGUUUAUAGUGCCAGCGUGACCUGUCUUUUAGCGAAUGGAAUAUAAGGGCAACCCUACGGUCCUCCUGGAGACUUUGUAGGACAGAAAUAGUUUUGAAUGAUGCUGUUGUUAUUUGCUCCUUUAAUUCUUAUUAGCCGAAUACAAUCGUAGCAAGAACGAAUGGUUCACACAGCGAAGAAAAAUUGGUACUUAGAACUAAAAAAAAUUUAUUUUACUUUCACUUUUUACGUGGCACUGCGUGGACAAAUAACGGAAAAAUGCAGCCUUAUUAGCAAUCGAUCUAAAUUAGCGAAAUCAAGAGUCCUUUUCGGGAAGGAUGCUCUUUCCAUGUUAAAUUGGGAUGCUGAUCAGCUGACAGCGGAACCACUUGCUCGUGUCUCGACUGUUUUUUACCGCAUUGUAGUGCCCAAAUCAGAGGACAACCAAGAAACUAUCAGCCCGAAUGGUUCUAACGUUUUACGCCCAAAGAUAUAACAGGCUGGCUUGCAUGCUUUUGGCGUCGGCUUUCUUUUGCUCAGUCUGUGCCGCUGUUGCUGCGGCUCGAAUGGAUGUUGCUGCGAUGCGAGGCAAAACCUGUGUUCACACGCCGGCUGCAUUCCAUGGUAACACUCGUCCUUUUUCCUGUGGUACUGUGGUAAAUCCGUCCACUGGGAUGGAGGCCGUUCGCGAUGUUCUCAUUGAUUUCAAUCAGGCCAGUAUAGUGGCCGAAGCGAUGUGGCAUUUGGCUGAAAAUGACAUACCUGAACUUCCGGUCGAGACUUUCCUUGCAGGUAAGGCCUCCACCUCUGAUACUUCCUCCACCUCUGAAGUAUACAUAGUUGCAAAUGCAUAUAUAGUAAGUAUGCAAAUGCAUAUAUAGUAAGUAUAUAUUAAGGAAAUGCAUAUAUAGUAGAAAGUACUUACUGAUCUGGGUUUUCUGAAGCAAGUAAACAACUGUACGUACUGCGGACUCGUUCAGGAGAGAAGAUGUAUUUUAAAAUCAUCCUGGUUGCCGACGCAGGGAACACCGCGAAUUUCAGGAAGCCGUGCCGCGUACUUCAGUACAAGCCCAGCACGGAUGAAUAUUAGCCGAUGACUAUUAAAAAAUUAGUAAUUCCAAGGAUGUGUUGCUUUGCGGUCGCUUACAGACUGUCAUAAUAAUUCAUUACUGUAAUAAACCCGUACGUAUGUUUAGUAAUAUUAUGAU